AAAUAAUAAUUUCCUGAUUUUGUUUACAUUUUUGUGCGUUAGUUGAAGGGCUCGUACUUACUUGAUUUCUUAUAAGAAACAAAUAAAGCUCAAAUAAAUUCAAGAUCAUGGCAUCUUUAAAACAAUUAUUAGUAUUUCUACUUUCAAUCGCCGUUUUUGUGUAUACAUUUUAUGUAGUUGGAUUAUUUAUGUUAUUCACGUCGCGUCCGCGAAAUGUACCCAAAAUAUAUGUGUGGGUAUUUAAUUUGUUGGACAACAAGUCCCGCUUGGAGACAAGUUUUGGUCCAAUUGUAUAUGACACGCUAUAUAUUAUCGGAUUUAUAUUACAACAUAGCUGUAUGAAGUCCGCUAUUGUAAAAGGCAUAAUGGAAAAGUUGGGAUUGGCAGCAGCAGAACGUUCAAUAUAUUGCCUUACGUCAUCGUUAAGUUUGCAUUAUCUCAUACGAAAUUGGCUUCCAGCACAGUCUAUAGUGCUUUGGCAGGUGGAUGUGGCUUCUAGUAAUGUAUUAUGGUGGACUUUUGCACUCGUACAUGCAUUUGCCUGGUUGGUAAUCUAUGGAGGUAGUCUUAUAAUGGAUUUGCCUGAAAUAUUGGGAGUUAAACAGGCUUAUUACGACAUGAAAGAUUACGCACAACCAAUUGCUUAUAAAUCGUUUAGGCUGCGCCAUUUUUAUACUCAUGUACGACAUCCAUCUUUCGUCGGUUUAAGUGUAAUCUUUUGGGCUACAAAUCUUAUGACGAUUGAUAGAUUUUUAUUGGGUUUAUUAAUGACAUCCUAUAUGUAUCUUGCUUGGUCAACAGAUCGCAGCGAUCUAGCAUAUCAACGUAACCAGUUCCAACGUAAAGUACAGGAACUUAAAAAUCAGUAAUAAUUUACCGAAAAUCCAACCAUACCGAAUUGAAAUUAAUUUUAAAAUCUUAGAUUUAAACACUGCAUUUCAUUAACAUUUAUUUAUGCGUAAAAGUUUACUUAACAUUAAUAAAUAUUUUUAUACUAAUACAA